AUGGACCCUAUAAAUGAGAAUCAAAUUAAACAAGUUGAUGAAUAUUUUAAAGGCAGUGGUGCGCAGACUCUAUUGAAAGAAGGUCGCAUCCUGUUAGGACAAGGUUCUUUAACAAAAAUGUGUCGUAAAGGUCCGCAACGACGGCAAUUCUUCCUUUUUAAUGAUAUACUGGUCUACGCAAGUAUAAAAGUUCCUCACAAGAAGUACGUUAAACAAAGAAUCAUUCCGCUAGAAUAUGCAGGAUUAACUUCCACCGAUAAUACAGCGGAGUUAAAGCAUGGUUGGACCAUCAAUAGUAUUGGCAAGUCUUUCGUAGUAUAUGCAGAUUCAGAACGCGAUAAAGCAAAAUGGAUGGAUCAGAUAAACGAAUGCCUUAUUGCUGUUUCUAGUCGCGUGGCUGACAACUUAGUCAGUCGUAAAAAUAACAACUAUUCUCCAGUCUGGAUUCCCGAUAAUGAAGCUCCUGAAUGCAUGGCAUGUAAAAAAACCAAAUUUACGGCCAUAAAGCGACGCCAUCAUUGUAGAAAAUGUGGAUACGUUGUUUGUAGUAACUGUUCAUCGAAUAAAUUGUUACUGAAACAUCAAUCAGAUAAACCAUUGAGGGUUUGCGAUAACUGCUAUUUGAAAUUAGUUGACGAUUGGAAGAAAUUAGGGAUCUAUAGCUCCGAUUCUUCGGACUCUGAACAAGAAGUACUUGCUGAACCCGCUCUCGUUGUUAUAUCAUAAUUAGAAAUAAGUGAUUGAAUUUAUUAUGCUAUUUUAAGAAAAAUGAUGAUACGCGUACAUUUUGCUGAAUCUGGAAAGAAUGAUCGCAUCACUGCAAAUAAUUUUAUAACUAAUCUUUGGGAUGCCAUUGCUUUAAAAAAUAAUCUGUUAGCCGGAGAUUAUGUUCAUCAAAAGAGCACAAAUUAGUUGCUCAAUAUUAUUUAAGAUCCGAUGAUACUUUGUUUUACUAUACACUAAUUUGAAUUAUUAAUAAAUUAUU